AUGACGAGGCUGGUGUUGGGCCCGCCGACGCCGCCGCCGCCGCCGACGGAGACGGAGACGGAGACGCUGCUCGGCGGCGGGUCGGGCGGCGGGUCGGAGAGCGUCACGCUCACGCCGCCGGACAGCAUCACCGGAAGGCUGCGCGCGGCGGCGGCGGCGGCGGCGGAGGAGGAUCCGCCGGACCCGACGUUUCCGGCGGGGUCGCUGAAGGCGUCGUCGUCGCUGGUGAGUUACUCGGGGGUGUUGGGAGUGACGCAUCACGCGGUGGGGGCGGGGCGGCGCGGGAGGUCGCGGCGCGGCGGCGGCGCCGGCGGCGGCGGCGGGAGUGUUUCCUCGAGGAACGACGCGCGACGCGCGAACGGGAGCGUAUGGGAACCAGUCUCGCCGGCGGACGUCGAGCGCGGAGGAGACGGCGCGGAGGAGAGGCUUUUGGACGCCGCGGACGAUCGCGAUAGCUCGUAGGUGCUCGGGGUUCAAGUUGUGACGAACGA